AUGAGUAGAAUCGAGAAUGAGAGAGAGAAAGAACUAACGGAGUUGUUCCAAGUGGUGGAGAAAGCAGCUGCUGCAUUGAAUGGAGGACCUGAGGAAAGCCAUUGCCUUGACGCAUUGUCUCAAAUCAAGAGUUUUCCUGUCACCGUCGAAACUCUCGUCUCCACCAAGAUAGGGAAAAACAUUCGACUUUUGAAAUACCAUCCUAGUAAGAAAAUCCAGGAUCUUGCUUCUGAUACUCUUGCGUUGUGGACUAAGACAGUUGCUGACCAGAAGAAAAACGGUAGUAGUAAACCUCCUCUUGAAGUUGAGGCCUUGCUCAAGUGUAACAAUCCCUUGCGGGACAAGGUACGUGAACUGUUUUAUGAGGCGUUCUGCAAGGUUUCUAAUGAGGCUAAAGAAGAUGCCAGGGAUCAAGUGGAAGCAUGUGAUCCUGUUGGCGUUGCUGUUUCUUUAGAGUCGGAAUUGUUCGAAAAGUGGGGGAAUACUAAUGGAUCCAACAAGAUUAAGUAUCGAUCGGUCUUGUAUAAUAUUAAUGAUCCAAAGAACCCAGAUUUCAGGAGAAAGGUACUUCUCGGAGAGGUGAAGCCAGAGAGAGUGGUGAAUAUGAGUGCGAAAGAGAUGGUGAGCAAUGACAGACAGCAUAAGAAUCAGAUGAUUAAAGCGAAGGCUAUGUUGAAGUGCAUGAGUGGAACAGCUAACAGCGGCACAACUUAUCAGUUCAGGUGUGGUAGAUGUGGGAAACGUGAGACUACUUCCUGUCAAAUGCCGACGAGGAGUGCUGAUGAGCCCACGACAACAUUUGUCACAUGUGUGGUAUGCAACAACCAUUGGAAGUUCAGUUAA